AUGACGAACGUCUUCGCCAUACCAGUCUUCUUCAUCUGCUUCAGGGAAUGCCUCGAAACCGUCAUCAUCGUCUCGGUGCUGCUUGCGUUCUUGAAACAGUCCAUCGGGCCUGAUCGGGAUCGGUUCGUAUACAAGAAGCUCGUCAAACAAGUCUGGACAGGUGUCGGCGCGGGUUUGUUGAUAUGCGUCAUCAUCGGGGCUGGCAUGAUCGGUGCUUUCUACGGCAUCGGCAAAGACACCUUCUCCGGCACCGAAGACCUCUGGGAAGGCGUCUUCGGUCUCAUCGCAACCAUCAUCAUCUCGCUCGUCGGCGCCGCACUUCUCCGUGUCUCGAAGCUCCAGGACAAAUGGAGGGUCAAGCUGGCCAACGCAUUGGAGAAGCAAGACCUCCGCCACAAGACGACGUCCGGUGAUCGCUUCAAGCUCUGGUGCGAGAAGUAUGCUAUGUUCUUGCUGCCUUUCAUCACGGUCUUGCGUGAAGGCUUAGAGGCGGUUGUCUUCAUUGGUGGAGUUGGGCUUGGUCUGCCAGCUGAGUCGUUUCCAUUGGCCGUGAUCUGUGGACUGCUUGCUGGUAUCGCCAUUGGCUACCUUAUCUACCGUGGCGGCAACUCCGCGAAGCUGCAAGUCUUCCUCAUCAUCUCGACAUGCUUCCUGUACUUAGUGGCAGCCGGCCUCUUUUCCAAAGCAAUCUGGUUCCUUCAAAACCACCAAUGGAGCAAGAUCACCGGUGGUGAUGCCGCUGAGAACGGGUCAGGCCCGGGCUCGUACAACAUCAAGCAGAGCGUCUGGCACGUCAACUGCUGCAACCCCGAGAUCAACGGCGGUGGCGGCUGGGGCGUCUUCAACUCGCUCUUCGGCUGGACCAAUUCUGCGACCUAUGGCUCGGUCAUCUCAUACAAUGUCUACUGGCUUGCCGUCAUCCUGGCGUUUGGCAGCAUGCAGUACUAUGAGAAGAAGGGUCACUGGCCGUUCAUGAAGGCGAAGGUGAGAGACAGCGACGACGAGUACGCCGAGAAGAGGUCUUCGGAAGCUUCAUCCGGUGUUGUUGAUGCUGGUUUGACCAAGGAGGCGGAUGGUGCGCAGACGUCGUCGACGGUGCGUGAGAUCCAAGUUUAG